GCUUCCACGGAAAAAAAAAGAAGAAGGAAAACUCCAUUCCAUCCCCGUUAGGCCGUUACCCUGCCGCCGCUCCAUUUCAAAACCCCGUCCGAACCCUAGUCUCAAGAUCCGCGGCGGCCAUGCGGCGCGGCGGCGGCCGGCGGCUCCCCAAGUCCUCCCUGGCGCCCUCCGCAGCCGAGGCGACCCCGGCGCUGGACUCCAGCGCCAUCCCAAUCCGCAACCUCAACUCCGCCUUCUCCCGCCGCGACUCCGACGCCGCCAGCCUCUGCAGCAGCCACCGCGCUUCCUCCGUCGGCGCGGGCGUCGGUGCCGCCCCCAACUUCUCCGACCGCGCCACGCAGGCCGCCGCGCUCCGCGUCGUCAACGCCUUCCUCGCCCCCGCCGUCACGCUCCGCGGGCCGCUCCCCUCCGCGCGCGACAUCCAGGCCGCGCUCCGCAUCCUCCUCGAGCGCAUCGACUUCCCCCCCAAUGAGGCCGCCUUCGAGGAUGACCUCAUCCAGGCCCUUCGCGUGCUCGGAUGCCCCUACAAGAUCACCCGCUCCGCGCUCAAGGCCCCCGGCACCCCGCACUCGUGGCCGCCGCUCCUCUCCGUACUCCACUGGCUCACCAUCUUCGCCCAAUAUUGCGAUGCGGAGGCCUCUUCCGCCGCCCAAGCCCCAGCCAACGAUCUGAUGAUCUAUACCGCCCAGGCGUACUGCCACUUCUUGGCGGGGGACGACGAGGCCGUUGAAGCCCUCGACAAGGAGUACCAGUCCCAAGCCCGGAUGAGCGCUGAGGCUGCCGUGGCAACACUCCGUGCUGCGGAGAAGGAGGCACAUGAAUUGGAGGCCGAAGUGAAUAAGCUCACCUCUGGUCCCUCGCGGCUGGAGGCACUAGGGGCGGAGAAGGAGGCCUUGACUGCAGAUGUUCACAAGUUUGAGGCGGUGGUGACGACCUGGAAAACUAAGGUCGAUGAAAAGGAGGAGGCAUUGGUGGAUUUGGCGAAAGAGCUGGAGGCCAAAGUGUUGGAUGUUCGACGCAUUGCUGCUGAAAAUGAGGACCUGAUGAAGAAAGUGGACACUCAAGCGGUGAAUGUCAGGGAUGUCGAGAGGAUGUGGAGGGAGAUGCAGGUGAUUGAACAUGACAUUGCCAAUGCUGAGAAUGCGAAAGCAGCACUGGAGGAUAAGGGCUGGGAGCUUGAUGCUAAGCUUGUUACCAAGCUUGAGGAGCUCGAGGGGCUUGCUGAGCGAUGCAACCAGGCCCUCAAAAGGUUGAAACCUGGUAUUGAUUUUCAGUACAUGAUAAAUUCAAAAGGGUCCUCACCUGCUGAGAUGCUAGGCCCUGCUUACAAAACAGUGCUGAAACCUGCACUUUUGGCUCAUUCAGAGGAGAACAAAAGGAUUGCCGUCUCAAAUCUUGCAGAGUCUGUUGAUCUACAAAAGGAGCUGCAACGAAGUGCUAAAAUCUUGGAGGAGGAAAGGAGUAAUAUUUCCAGUCUCCAGGCUAAACAUGACAAGAUGGUUGGUCGUUUGAAGCUUCUGGAUCGUGAAAUCACAAAUGAUGACUCAAGAUGCACAGCUGAUGCGAGACGAAUGAAAGAUGAGUUGGAGAAAAAGUACAAUGAUUUAAGUUCUGUUGAAAAGGAGGCAGACGAAUUUUUGAAGAAUUCGGAGAAGAGGCUCCAAGAUGCAAUACUCAAAGAUGAUGAAGAAACACAGGCAGCAGCGAGAGAACUGCUGGAACUUGUUGAUUCCAUUGCUGAGCAUAAAGAGUUCAUGGAAGCAACAAUUGCUCAGAGGAGGAAGGAACUGUAUGAAGCUGCAGAUUAUAUAGCCUCUUUGGCAUCUAAGACAUCAUCACCCAAUCCUCAUAUCUGAAUGAUUAAAAAGUCUCAUAAUAAGAGUGGGAUGACAAGGAAGAAGGCAACGAAGCACUUCAGCAAUGGGAGGAUGACUGGGACGACGAUGACGUCAACGAUGUCGUCAACGAUGACUUCUCGCUGCAGUUGAGGAAGGAGCUGGAGAGCAAUGCGCCCAAGAACUAACCAACGUAUGCAUCCUUGUAUCGAAUUGGAGAGUGGUGUGAUGGUGUCCAAGGACUAGUUGGCGUAUGCAGCCUUGUAUCCAUUACUGUCAGAUAGGAACUGGUGUACGGUGACGAUGGUUGGGAAACUGCUACUGUUGUUCGGUGCUCGUCCUUCUUGGCAUGGUCACUGAUUUAGUCGUUCCGCUUGCUUUUAAUGGAUCAUUUCCCUGUUUCCGUCUAGUAAUAACGGAUGCACCUUGGUUAAAAGGCAGCGAGGAGAAUUGUAUGUUACAUGUGCGCUGUUCGUUUGUACAAUUCCUGACGCACCAUAUGAAACGCUGCCAGGAGUGCUGCUCUAACAGUUGUUGUGGUCUUUCUUUUUC